GUUGAUGUUUAGCAACAUUUUAGUUAUUUCCUUAGCAACAUAGGCUUAGAUUGUUGUCAUGCACAGCUCAUGGUGCCAUUUAUGAUUACUGGAAGGUGGUAAUAUUUUCAGCUUUGAAUUAACAAUAGUUCUGGUACCGUAGAUAGCUAAGCAUCCAAGGACGUAGCACUGUCAACCAAGCUAAUAUAUAGUGUGUGCCAAGAUUCAACGUCAGCUAGCUAACCAACCAAGUCUACCAUAACGAAGCUGAAAUGCCAUCUACCAGUGUUUCUGAUUUGUUAAAGACGACACUGGUAUAGCAAUCGUUUUGAGUAGCUAAAUUGGUCGCCAGAUGUAAGAAGAACGCGACGCUGUCUUCAGAAUUAAAUGAGUGAAACGGCAUACUCACCCUCUACCGAUAUGGUAGAAAUGAAUCGCAUCCAUUAUGAGUUAGAGUACACGGAAGGCAUCAGUCAGCGUAUGCGCAUCCCAGACAGACUCAAAGUUGCUGCUGGUGCGAUGGAGGACCAUCCUGCCCCUCUCCCCGAUGUCCCUCUCCCCAUGAUGCAUGUUCCAGAGAGGAUAGUUGUGGCAGGUGACAAUGCUGACUCCCGGUACAGCAGACCCAGGGACCUGGACCUGAUCCAGGCCACUCCAGUGGAGUCGGUGCCCCUGAUGGCCCCCCCACGGGUCCUCACUCUCACUGACCAUUCACUGGACUUCCUUGAGCCAGACCCAUCCAGUGCGUCUCAGGGAAAUGAGGGGACACCAUCUCCCACAAAGUCCCAUCGAGAGCGCUGCGUGAGUGAGAACUCUGUCAUCCGCCACCAAGGGCCUCCAACCAAACAUGAGGCUGUGAGUCCAUCCUCGGCCCCUCCAGUGCGCGUGUGCCCUCCUCUCGUGACCCCUGAGGACGGCCAGAAUCUCUACAGCGCCAGCGGCAUUCUGACCUACAUCCAGUGCACUACCCGCCGUGCCUACCAGCAGGUUCUAGAAGUGCUGGAUGACCCCCAGCACAGAGUUGGCCACCCAGUUUAUGACCUAAGUUUGGAAUGCACCCCUGAGGAGGCCUCUCUGGUGGACGCUGCUUCACUUCGACGACAGAUCGUGAAGCUGAACCGGCGCCUCCACCUGCUGGAGCAAGAGAACAAAGAGAGGACCAGGAGGGAAAUGAUCAUGUAUUCUGUUACCGUGGCGUUCUGGCUAGUCAACACCUGGGUGUGGUUCCGACGUUAGAAAUCCACAUCAGGUUCAUCGAAGUUCUUAAUUCCAGUCUGGUGGUUUGGACUGAUGUGGAGGCUGGACAUGCAAAGUGCUUGAGGAGGUCUGAAUCUUCCAUCCUGUCCUCAUCUGGUUUAAACAAUCAUGUGUUCAGGGGCGUUCAUGUACAUAUGGUAAUGUACUCAUAAAUAUUAUGAAACGUGAGAAGUGUUGUGGAACAUCAGCAUAAAAAUACAGCAUGCACAUGAAAAUUAGAAGUUGUUCAUGAGCAUUUGUGUUUUGCACAUUCAUAAUAUUUGUGUUAAAUAACAAAACAUAUAUUGAUGUGGACAAGACGCUCCUAAUGUGCAUCAGUCCUUAUUGUUAAACAAGUCAUUGCAUAAUCUCUGGAAGUCCAGAGUUGGUCAUACUGUGAAAAGGUAAAUGUGCAGUUUUGUUGUAAAACAUGAUGGAUGAUUAGCAUGUUGUCUGUGCAAUGUGUUGUGCAUAUUUUAAAAGAAAUAUUAACAUUCCAUGGACUGUGAGCUAUAGCAAAGUUACUGCCAUUCAUGCUCCCAUUGACCGUUUUGCUGGGACAGAAACAUGUAAAUACGUCAUAAUUUAUUAAAGAAGGCGAUAUCUGGAA